CGUCCAGCCUAUUCCGUUCGCCCUGCUCGCCCUGCUCGUCCUGCCCGCCCUGCUCGUCCUGCUCGUCCUGCUCGGUUCCCAUCAGCAAAGCCCCAGCGCCAGACUCAGCCCGCGCCCCGUCAACACCUCAAACAAUAUCCCUAUCCGGGGCCAGCAAUGACUUCCAAUCCGAUCGAAGCCGCCAUCCUGGCUGCGGCUGACAACGAGGGCUCCUCAGAGUCAAGGAUUCAAGCCUUUGAGCAGCUCAGGAGUCAGUUGGAUAUCGAAACUCGCGAUACAGAGCUCUUUGUGAGAUAUGAGGAUCUUCUGGACGUUGUUGCAAAGGCUUCCCGAUCAUUGCAGCCUCGGCUCUCGGGAUCCGCGCUGGCGUGCAUUUCGCCACUCCUUCGAUGCCUAUCGCGAGCUUCUCCAAGCUUGGGCGCGCACCUGCGACUGUUUUCCGGAGCACUUCUUCAAGUCCUAAUCAAGAAGCUGACCGAUGCCAAGCAGCAGAUGCGAGAUGUGCUGAUACAGAGUCUGGUCGACUAUUACGGCGCACUUCUUUCCCUCUCUGCUGUCGAGGGAGGGUCGGUCCCAGGAAUAACCCUGGCUUUUGAGCGGGAGAUCAAAACCAACGGCCUAGGAUCCGAUAUCCCUCGAGUCCGAGAAUCGAGUGCUCUGUGGCUUGCUCAGUCAUUCGAGACACUGCCGGAAUUUCCACUCAAGCAGUAUUUGCCCAUACUUAUCAAGUUGCUCGAGGACUCAAGCGAGACUGUUCGAGCUGUGUCGAAGGAGACUGUCCUCAAGAUCUACAGAUCAACUCAAAAUCCUGCCGUCAAGGCUGGGAUCAAGAAGGAGCUCAAAUCGAUACGGGCAAGCAUCGCCGACACGGUCGUGGCAGAGCUUGUCGAUUCGCCGCCGCCGACAGCCGAGAGUAUCGGGCGUGACUCGACACCCCGGCCGACCUUGGCUCCGCCACGACCGACCUCCCGCCUGCCAGUUGGGACAGGUUCGGAUCCGAACGAAGCUAAAAAGAGCAUCAAAGGCGGUACACGUGCGCCCGAGCCCAAGGCCAUCGAUUUCUCUACCUUCCGCGAGUUCGAAGCGGAAGUUGCAGGAAUAAUAUCGACAUUCCAAGGCGCCGAAACGGAACACAAUUGGAAUAACAGAGACAACGCCUUCCAAAGACUGCGCAGCAUUUGUCGCGGAAAUGCAGUCCGCAUGGAGGGGUUUCUCCCGCAAAUGAAGCUACUACUGGAGCCCAUACUCCGAACGUUGGUCAGUCUCCGCACGGCUUUGCAGCUGACGACCCUGGUGCUGGUAUCGGAUAUGGCCAACUGUCUGGGCCCCGCUAUCGAUCCCAUCGCCGAGGAUCUCAUCGCCGCUACCUUCAAAGUAACCUCAACGACCAAGAAACUUGUCAUCACUGCAUCCACAAAGGCCCUGACUGCUCUGUUCCAGCACACCAGCUACAAUUCGCGUAAUCUGCAGCUCUGUAGCGCCGUUGUGGCCGACAAGAAUAUGAACGUGCGCAACUGCGCGUUGAUGCUGAUCAAAGCCUCGCUGGAGCUCAUGUCGCAGUCAGAAGGGCAUCGUCUCAUCUUGGAAAAGUCCGGGCUUGAGAUUGUCGAAAAGUGUGUUCGCAAAGGACUCGAGGAUCCAACCGCAGCAAACCGAGAGCUGGGACGAGACUGUGUGCUGCUUUUGAAGACUUUUUGGCCGAAAAAAGCCGAAAGCAUGAUGGAUUCAUUUGAUGCACAAAUCAAGAAAAACAUUGAGAAGCACAAGCCUGGUGGCAGUGUUUUCGAAUCUCUGCGAACUGCCAGUGUGCCCACGCCUCUGGCCCUUCCAGUAGUCUCCGAAAGCGGCGAUUCAAUCAAGCCACGAGAUGUCGCCCCAACGCCACGACGCAGUCAGAGCACAUCUGUUCUUCCAAUGAGUCUUGCGCGCAAAACAUCAAGUCUGAGCCUCAAAAGCGAGCUCAAAACACCCUCAAGAUCCAAAGCCCCCCAGAUGGCUGAAGAAGCGCAGAUCUACGAGCUCCUUAAAGCCGGCGCGACAUCCAGAAUCGACGCACUGCAGGACUUACAAACGCUGCUUGGCAGUCGGCCUCUAAAGCCUGCAUUCGCGCGGAAGAUCUCAGAUGCGAUUCUGGAAGCGCUACAGAACGACGCCAGCUUCCAAAAUCAUUUCCUUUCGGCCCAGUGGUCCCAAACACUGAUAUCUCUCAAGGUCCUAACGCUCGAGCAGCUGGUCGGCCCGCUAAUCUACGUUCGCUCGAAGGCAGCGACGAAUGAAGGCACCGGCGAACAGGCCGAGCAGGCUUUGUCAAGGAUUGCCCAGGCACUGGACCCAUCCGCAUUCCUGGAAUCCAUCAGCCGCCUAUUUUCGAGCCCCUCGAUCGAGGGACUCAAUCGACGUAAGAUGGGCUUUAGAGAAUACACCAAGAUCGAGGAGCAAGUUAUAUCCUGGUUGGCGGGCCAUUUUCUGUCCCUCCCCGCCGAGGCCCACCGGUGUGCCUUUGAGAAGCCGGCAACACUCCGCACGUUCUUGAAUAAGCUGGUGCCCAUGUUUUCCUCCGAGCAGCCCGGCGGAUCUCUUGACAGCUUGGUUAGGGGACAAAUUGCGAGGAUGCUGAAGCAGAUUGCGUCCAGCAACCCCGAUGGAUUCUCAAAGGCCAUCACAACAUUUGAUUCGGUGCUCGUAGAAGCUUAUGAUCUCCUUCCAACGCCAAGCCCGAUGCCAGCGCCCCAAACCAUCCAGGUCCCCAAGGAUCAGCCAAUGUUGCUUGAUUUAGACAGCGAUGACGUCCAGCCGAUACAAUAUGCUAUCGAAGCAGUAGACACCAGCCAAACCAACUUGGUUGUCACUGUGGGCGGCCAAAUAUCCUCACGUCUUCACUCAGAGAAUGUCGAUGUAGAUAUGAACCUGACAAUCAAUCACCCAACUACCGAUGAUGCCCUGAAUCUACUGGAAGGGGAUCUCGACGGAGUCAGCGAGGAAAGCUUCCCAGACGGCUUCCUGGACACAACCUUGCCUACAAAUAUGACCAUGAGCGAGAUCAGCGAAGCCCUGGUGGUGCAGGCAGCGCCAUCCAAACAUCGGCAGCCAGAACCCCGUCCUGCUGCAGCAAAGCUUCUCCCACCUGCCAGGACUGACCACGAAUCUUACUUGGGAAGGGCAGAGGCGGCCGGACUCGUUGGUGAAGAUGAAUCGGGGGCACGAUUGGUAUCCAAUCGGCUAGGGAGCGUUGGACCGGUCGAAAAGUAUCUGACACCGGCUGUUCGAAUCGAGUCUGUGCCUCCACCACUCCCCAUCCGAACACCGCGAGACCUCUUCAGCGCAGAUCACCAAAGGCGAACUCGACUCGAAGACUGCAAAGCGAUUUUUCCAACUAUCACGAGAUACCAGAAUCAGGGAUCCCACGAGGACCCGAGACGAUGAUGUCGAGCAGGAGUCCUCGGCAGCUUUCUGGACCAGAUGGUUCCCCGAAACGCUGGCGAUUCUUAUGUCAACCCUGAGCAUGUUCAAACUGGU